AUGUGUUCAUCAAAAGAGCAUCUAGCAAAAACGUGGCUCACAUCAAAAGCAUUUGAAUCACUAAAGAUUAGGUCAUCAACCAUCAUAGUGGAAGCUCCUAAAAUGUUGAAGACAACAGGUUCUUUGCCUUGUCUCAGAGUUAAUUCUUGUUUAGUUAAAGCCGAUGAUGUUGGCUGAUGGUGUGUAGCGGAAAAUGGAGGCAUUGGAGAUACGAUUGUCUUUCUAGCUCUAAAGCUAGUAAAUCGGUCACCUACGGAAGAAUUCCAAACCACUAAGGGUGUUAGACAAGGUGACACGCUAUCGCCAUUCCUAUUCAUCCUGGCUAUGGAAGGAUUACAUGUGGCAAUGAAAGGAGCAAGAGACAAAAAUUUGAUUCACGGAAUCAAACUCCCUCAUUCCGGACCUGAGAUAUCUCAUCUAUUCUAUGCUGAUGAUGCCAUAUUUGUAGGAGAAUGGAAUCACUGCAACCUCAGGAGCCUCUCGACAAUACUAAAAUGCUUCCAAAUAUCUUUAGGUUCAAAAGUUCACUUCCAAAAAUCCAGACUCUUUGGAAUUUGUACCACUGAUUCUGAAUUGCAAUGUAUGGCCAGAACCCUUGGUUGUCUGAAGAGCUCAUUCCUAUUCACAUAUCUUGGGGUACCCGUCGGCACCAGCAUGUUACCGAAAAAACACUAG